AUGCAUCUCUCCUCUAUCCUCGUAACCACUACGGUCGCCCUGCUAGUCCGUGGUGCAGACAACGACACCACUGCCGACAGCACCACUGUAUCGUUGAAUGCUACGGAAAUUCAAAUUUUGGCCGGGGUUACCACUAAUCUCACGGCAGAGGAAUACUAUGGCGCUGCCAUCCCGCCUUGGGAUGAUGAUUGCACGCCCGGAUGGUACUAUGGUGACUACCCUGAAUACGUGGCCAACCUCACCAUACCUUGGCUUAAGGACGGGAUCGUCUGCUGGUUUCUUGAUUUAUUCCAGUCACUAUCCGACUAUGAGUGCCCCGAGCCUGAAGGCUCUGCCGCCGAUGACGGCUACACAGAGGUAUUCUCCAACUAUACCGGGGCUGUUGAAGGAAGCGACUACUUGACCUACGGAUUGGUCGACACUUGUUUCUCAGUAUACCUUAUUUUAGAUUGCAAGGACAUGUGCGACAGCGUCGAUGGAUGUGUCUAUAUUAAUUCCUACCAUGAUGUUAAUGGAAAGGGCGGCAGUCCUCUCUUGACAUGUUCUUUGUUCAGCAAAUGUCAUAGCAUUGCUGAUGCCACCAACGUUGGUGGACAAACGCAGACCGACGGCUCCAUUGACUACAUCACCGACAGUGAAGGGUACUGCAAGGAAUAA